GGGGCAGGGGCUCGCGGAGUGGAAGCAGGGUCACGAGGUGCAGCCGGACGGACCCUCUGGGCUGCGGAAUGCCGCUGGGAGAGAGUUGUACAUUUGCAAAAUCCUGAGGCUCUUGGACUGAAAACGACCUUCCUCUCCCACCUACGGUCUCCACCAUGAUUCAUAGCCUUUUCUUGAUCAACUCCUCUGGAGAUAUUUUCUUGGAGAAACACUGGAAAAGUGUGGUGAGCCGUUCUGUUUGUGAUUACUUUUUUGAGGCGCAAGAGCGAGCAACUGAGGCGGAAAAUGUCCCUCCAGUUAUUCCCACCCCUCACCACUAUCUCUUAAGUGUUUACCGUCACAAGAUCUUUUUCGUGGCUGUGAUCCAGACGGAGGUCCCGCCUCUGUUUGUCAUUGAGUUCCUUCAUCGAGUAGUGGACACAUUUCAGGAUUAUUUUGGAGUCUGUUCAGAGCCAGUGAUAAAAGACAAUGUGGUUGUGGUUUACGAGGUACUGGAAGAGAUGCUUGACAAUGGGUUUCCAUUGGCUACCGAGUCGAACAUCCUCAAAGAACUGAUAAAGCCUCCCACUAUCCUUCGAACAGUAGUCAACACCAUCACAGGAAGCACCAAUGUGGGUGACCAACUUCCCACUGGGCAGCUGUCCGUGGUACCUUGGCGACGGACCGGGGUGAAAUACACCAACAAUGAGGCCUAUUUUGAUGUGAUUGAAGAGAUUGAUGCCAUCAUUGAUAAGUCAGGGUCCACCAUCACUGCUGAGAUCCAGGGGGUGAUCGAUGCCUGUGUCAAGCUGACUGGAAUGCCCGACCUCACGCUUUCCUUCAUGAACCCCAGGUUGCUGGAUGAUGUCAGCUUCCAUCCGUGUGUUCGCUUCAAGCGCUGGGAAUCUGAGCGCAUCCUGUCCUUCAUUCCCCCUGAUGGAAACUUCCGCCUGCUCUCUUACCAUGUCAGUGCACAGAACCUGGUGGCGAUUCCAGUGUACGUCAAACAUAACAUCAGUUUCCGGGACAGUAGUUCUCUCGGGCGCUUUGAAAUAACAGUGGGGCCUAAGCAGACCAUGGGGAAGACCAUAGAGGGGGUGACUGUCGCCAGCCAGAUGCCCAGAGGCGUCCUGAACAUGAGCCUCACGCCGUCUCAGGGGACACACACGUUUGACCCAGUUACUAAGAUGCUGUCCUGGGACGUGGGAAAAAUAAACCCCCAAAAGCUACCAAGCUUGAAGGGGACCAUGAGUCUUCAGGCUGGAGCUUCCAAACCAGAUGAGAACCCCACGAUCAACCUGCAGUUUAAGAUCCAGCAGCUGGCCAUUUCUGGACUCAAAGUGAAUCGUCUGGAUAUGUAUGGCGAGAAGUACAAACCCUUUAAGGGCAUAAAAUACAUGACCAAAGCUGGAAAGUUCCAAGUUCGAACCUGAAGGGAGAGUUCUGCAAAGGGAACAGUCGUGGACACUUUUUCAUUUCUUACUUGUCCAAAAGUAAAAACCAUCAGCCUG